AAUCAGGGGGAAGAUCUGACUGAUAUUAAAGUGGAGGAUGAAGAAGAGAGGAUGAUGGGCGAUCCCCCGUGUAAGAGUGAGGUGGAGGAGGACAUUCCAGGAGAUGUCACCACAGAGAAUCCCAGUAAAGAUUUUAAGGGAAAUGCUAUAUUAUUACAAAAUUAUAAUGUAGAAGAUGAAGAUAUCCUGCACCGUUCUUCAGGAGAAAAUCUCAGUACUGUUCGGUCAUAUAAUUCCACCAAUUAUGAGACAAUUUCUCCUGACCAAACACAGAUUGUUACCGCAAGUACAGGUCAAAAAGGGGGUAAAGAAUCCACAAAAAGCACGGGUCUUUUCACACAAAGAAUAAUUCAAACAGAGGAGAAGCCAUACUCCUGUUCAGAAUGUUUGAAGCGCUUCACAGAGAAAUCAAGUCUUGGUAGACAUAUGAGAACUCACACAGGAGAGAAGCCAUAUUCUUGUACAGAAUGUGGGAAACGUUUUACACGGAAAUUAAGUCUUGUUACACAUGAGAAAAGUCAUACAGGAGAGACGCCAUAUUCAUGUUCAGAAUGUGGGAAAUGUUAUUCGUGGAAAUCAGAAUUUGUUAAACAUAAGAGAAGUCACACAGGAGAGAAGCCGUAUUCAUGUUCUGAAUGUGAGAAAUGUUUUACAUGGAAAUCAGAUCUUGUUAAACAUGAGAGAAUUCACACAGGAGUGAAACCAUAUUCAUGUUCAGAAUGUGGUAAAUUCUUUUCCAAAAAAUCACAUCUUGUUAGACAUGAGGGAAUUCAUACAGGGAAGGGACAGUAUUCAUGCUCAGAAUGUGGGAUCAGUUUUACAUGUAAAUCAGAACUUGUUAAACAUGAGAGAAUUCACACAGGAGAGAAACCAUAUUCGUGUUCAGAAUGUGGGAAAUGUUUUACAUAUAAAUCUUAUCUUGUUAUACAUAAGAGAUGUCACACAGGAGAGAAGCCAUAUUCAUGUUCAAAAUGUGGGAAAUGUUUUACACAGAAAUCAAAUCUUGCUACACAUGAGAGAAGUCACACAGGGGAGAGGCCAUAUUCAUGUUCAGAAUGUGGGAAAUGUUUUACUGAGAAAUCACAUCUUGUUAGACAUCAGAGAAUUCAUACAAUCAAAUUCUAAAACUCCUCAAAUGAGAUGGGACUACAUAUAGUUUCUAGAAUAUGGAAAAUGUUAGAGGAGUAAAAAAGAAUUUGGAACCCAUGUUAUUUAUAGACAUUAAAGGGGUUUUGCCAUAUCAGACAAAGGGGGCAUAUCUUUAGGAUAUGCCCCCAUUGUCUGAUAGGUGCGGGUCCCACCUCUGGGACCCGCAUCUACAACAAGAAUGGAGCAGGGAAAUGAACAGAGGGCGCACUGCUCAUGCACAGCCGCCCUCCAUUAAUUUCUAUGGAGCCGCCAAAAAUACCCGAGUGCUGGCUCGGCUAUUUCCGUCUGCCCCAUAGAAAUAAAUGGGAGCAGGGGCUAUGCGUGUGCGGUGCGCU